AUGAAUGAGGAUUAAUUGGAUAAUAAACAGAAGUUGAGUUUAAAUGAUCCAGAAUAUUAAUAAAUCUUGGAAUAUAUAUUUAAUUUAAAUAACAACGAGAUGGCUUAAAUGGACCUAGAAGUCACAAAAUCUUAAUGUGACACAUCGCAGAGUUCUAAAAAGUAAUAGAAGAAGUGCGGACAUUGGAAUUAAGAGGAACAUGAAUCAUAUCUUCGCUUCUUAUAAGAAAAUGGCAAUCAUAAUAAGGGCCAAAGGUUAUUUAAGAAGAUGAGCCAAAUCAUAGGAACAAGAACGCCUAGUUAAUGCAGAUCUCAUCAUUAAAAGUUCAAUCCUUCAAAACCUUGUUUCAAGUUAAUUUAAACAAAAAUAAUGAAAACAAAAUAAUUGGCUCGCUUGUACAUGAGUAGACAUCAGGAAAAAGAUGAAGAUGAAGACUGA